AUGGUGCAUCCACCACCACACUCCACGAAGAUGGUGCAUCCACCACCACACUCCACGAAGAUGGUGCAUCCACCACCACACUCCACGAAGAUGGUGCAUCUACCACCACACUCCACGAUGAUGUUGCAUCCACCACCACACUCGACGAUGAUAUUGCAUCCACCACCACACUCCGCGAUGAUCGUACAAUUACCACCACACUCCACGAUGAUGUUGCAUCCACCACCACACUCCACGAUGAUGGCGCAUCCACCACCACACUCCGCGAUGAUGGUGCAUCCACCACCACACUCCGCGAUGAUCGUGCAAUCACCACCACACUCCACGAUGAGGUUGCAUCCACCACCACACUCCGCGAUGAUCGUGCAAUCACCACCACAAUCCACGAUGAUGUUGCAUCCACCACCACACUCCACGAUGACGUUGCAUCCACCACCACACUCCGCGAUGAUGGUGCAUCCACCACCACACUCCACGAAGAUGGUGCAUCUACCACCACCACACUCCACGAUGAUGUUGCAUCCACCACCACACUCCACGAUGAUGUUGCAUCCACCACCACACUCCGCGAUGAUCGUACAAUUACCACCACAUUCCACGAUGAUGUUGCAUCAUCCACCACCACACUCCGCGAUGAUCGUGCAAUCACCACCACACUCCACAAUGAUGGCGCAUCCACCACCACACUCCGCGAUGAUGCAUCCAUCCACCACCACACUCCGCGAUGAUCGUGCAAUCACCACCACAAUCCACGAUGAUGUUGCAUCCACCACCACACUCCGCGAUGAUCGUGCAAUCACCACCACACUCCACGAUGAGGUUGCAUCCACCACCACACUCCGCGAUGAUCGUACAAUCAUCACCAUAAUCCACGAUGAUGUUGCAUCCACCACAUUCCGCGAUGAUCGUGCAUCCCCCACCACACUGCACGAAGAUGGUGCAUCCAUCACCACACUCCGCUAUGAUGGUGUAUCCACCACCACAAUCCCCGAUGCUAACACUCCAUGGGAUUUGGCUGAGUUUUGGCAAACAUUUAUACAUAAGUCUUAA